AUAGAUGAGGAAGAGGAGGCAUACACUUACGCAGAAGUUGAAGUGAUGCUAGAAUAUCUCAGAGAAGAAGGUGUACCUAGGUUCAUGACAUGGUAUCUCACCCCUAAAUCCGAUGGGUCCAUACCUUCUCUCACCAAACUUCUCUACAGUUUAGGUCAAGAUCUUCCUGAACCCCUCCGUGAUCCCCGGUUAGAAGCUAGAUAUCUACACCAAUACACGCACAAUAUUCUUUGGCGAAUAGUUCGUGAUCGUGAACGUCUUCCACAUCUCAAUUCAGUUGAGGAUGCCUUGACUUUGAUAAGAGAUUCGAAAAACAUACUUGUACUUUCUGGCGCGGGGAUCUCCACUUCUUCCGGUAUUCCGGACUUUAGGUCAAAAGGUGGUUUAUACUCGAUUCUAAGGGAAGAGUGUCAUCCUCAACUGGAUCAACCAGAGGAUGUGUUUGAUAUUAAAGUGUUCCAAGAAAGCCCGGAGAUUUUCUACUCUGUGGCAAGAAAGAUCUUCCCAGGACAGAUCCAACCGGGACCAUGUCACAGAUGGAUCAAGAUGCUAGAAGAGAAAGGCCAGCUUCUGAGAAAUUACACACAGAACAUCGAUAACCUCGAGGGUCAAGCAGGUGUCAAACGUGUGGUCCAAUGUCACGGAUCCUUCGCCACUGCUUCUUGCUUACGCUGCCGACGUCGAGUCCCAGGCUCUGACCUGGAGCCAUACAUCUCAUCAUGCACCGUCCCCUUCUGUCCAGAUUGCCGUAAAGAGAAAGAAGAACAUUUGAAAGAGCUACGGUCUUACAAACGGGCCAAGCUCAAAGCGGCUGGAAAAGGAAAGGCGAAAGCUACCCGAUGGCAAGAUCCGGAUAGUUCUAGCUCGGAGGACGAGUGGGCCGGCGGACCUCCAGGGGUGAUGAAGCCUGAUAUCACCUUUUUCCAUGAGAGCCUCAAGUCUGAAUUUCAACAUCACCUCGCCGACGAUCGAAGCAAAGCCGACCUCGUUAUCAUAAUAGGAACUUCGCUAGAAGUCCGACCAGUCAGCGAGCUCACUUGCGAUUCAUAUAUUGACAAACCAGAUUAUCUUCCCCACUCAGUGCCUCAAAUACUGAUUAACGCUCAACCUUUGAAGUAUCACAAGCCUGAUAUCUGCUUGCUCGGUGAUGCGGAUUCAAUCGUACAAUACAUUUGUCACGCACUCGAAUGGCCUCUUCCAACUUCACAACAUACGAAUUCUCCUCGUCUUUCCCAUCUUCCUCUCAGUCUUCCUCCUGAAGAUGUCACCUUUCAAUGUCCCGUGGAUAUGUGA